AUGAAUUGCAUGGAUGACGAUGAUGCGAGCCCCGUUACUAAUGAUGUGCCUACCCCUGUGACUUACCAUCGUUUUCUUUAUGACAUCGCAACUCUGAUGCCCCAGCUUCAGGACGACAUAUCUGCCUCGCACACCCUUUAUGCCAAAUACGAGCAUGUGAUUCAAUAUGACAAGAAAAUGCGUUUGCUCGUUAGCAAAGAUGUCCCCUCCUGCCUUCGUAACACGACUGCCGACCCUUCCUGGCCUCGGUACAUACCAUGGGCACGGCAUUGUCUGACAAUCAGCUCCGCACACAAAAUCAUCAUGAUUCACCGCAAAUUUCUCUGGUCCAGUUUUACUAAUUCCGCAUUUAAUUUCACUCGCAAGACAUGUAUUGCCGCGGCGAAAACCAUUAUCCGAGAACAGAAACAACUGGCCAAAGAGGACGGACCGACACUGUGGAUUUAUCACGCAUUUAGUGUUGCGGCCAGUAUCAUACUUUGCUUGGAUCUAUUCUUUGAUCCACUCCCUGGCGCUGACCAACGGGAUAAUCGAGCGCUUGCCACCGCCACAAUUGACAUUCUAUCCCAGAGUGAUACAAGUAUGAUUGCUGCUCGGGGGGUCAAGAUACUGCGGCUGUUGCUCCAGCUGGAACAGGAUCGUGAGGCGCCCGUGGGCCGUGCGAAUCACUGGCAACCAACUGAGAAUAUGCCUCACCCUGAGGCCCACACGCCGCUGCCAUCGAUGGAACUGCCGAACUUCUCACCACGGGAGGCUCAUGCAGAGGACAUGUACGGCAAUUUUCAUCUGCCUAACUCGCGAUUUGGGGUGCAUGAUUCUCUAGAGGAUAUUCUACUACUUGCUCAGAUUGGGGGAUCAUGA